AUGUAGGUGGCCACCUUUGUGAGGGACUCUGUCUCCUUGCCUUCUUAGAAGAACAAAGAGGUUAUGUAUGAGGCUAACAGAAUGUUUCAGACCUGGGCUGCCCAGAUGAAGGGCCUGGUGCUGGUACUGGUGCCAGGAUGUUCAUGUGUCAGGUUGGGGAUUGUGCUGGUGUUGGUACUGACUUUCCUGCCAAGUUUGUGCAGUGACCUGGGAUCAGCAUAUUACUCAUCCUAUGAGACAGUCAUCCCCAAGGCUCUGACAGUUGAGGGAAGACAAAACCCAGGGGAAGAGGCAUCUUAUGUGAUAUCUAUGCAGGGCCAGAAACAGCUGAUUCAUCUGAAAGUGAAGACAGACUAUUUUAUCAAGAACUUUCCAGUCUUCAGCUACCACAAUGGCACCCUGGGACAAGAAAUGCCUUCCAUCUCACAUGACUGUCACUAUGAAGGCUACAUAGAAGGACUCCCGGGUUCUUUCGUUUCUGUCAACACCUGUUCAGGCCUCAGGGGCAUCCUGAUUAAGGAGGGAAAAUCCUAUGGCAUUGAGCCCAUGGGCUCUUCAAGACGGUUUGAACAUGUGUUGUACACCAUGGCUCAUCAAGCACCAGUCUCCUGCAGUGUCACUUCCAAAGACAGCCCAGUGGUGUCCACCAGCAGACAACAAGGGAGCAGGAAGCCUGCCGGUCUACAGGAGCUGUCCUACUUGUGGUCACUCACCAAGUAUGUGGAGAUGUUUGUUGUGGUCAACAACCAGCGGUUCCAAAUGUGGGGCAGUAACGUCAAUGAGACGGUCCAGAGAGUGAUGCACAUCAUUGCCCUGGCCAACAGCUUCACUAGGGGAAUAAACACAGAGGUGGUGCUGGCUGGAAUGGAGAUUUGGACCGAGGGGGACCUCAUAGAGGUCCCAGUGGACCUGCAAGUUACACUCGGGAAUUUCAACAGCUGGAGACAAGAGAAGCUCCUCCAUCGUGUGAAGCAUGAUGUUGCCCACAUGAUUGUCGGACAGCAUCCUGCACAAGGUAUGGGACAGGCAUUUCUCAAUGGUGCCUGCUCAAGUGGGUUUGCAGCAGCUGUUGAAUCCUUCCAUCAUGAAGAUGUCCUGCUGUUUGCAGCGCUCAUGGUCCAUGAGCUUGGGCACAACUUGGGUAUUCGGCACGACCACUCAGCCUGCAUUUGUAAAGACAAACCCCUCUGCCUCAUGCGUGACAAUAUCACUAAAGAAAGUGGCUUCAGCAACUGUAGCUCUGAGGACUUCUACCAGUUCCUCCAGGAACACAGAGGGGCCUGCCUAUUUAACAACCCUCAGCGGCACAAAGGCCGCUUGCGUAGGGAUUCCUACUGUGGAAACGGUGUGGUGGAGGGUGAGGAGCAGUGUGACUGUGGUUCUGCCUGUUACACUGACCCGUGCUGUGACCAAACAUGUAGCCUGAAGGGGAGUGCAGAAUGUAGUGAUGGACUCUGCUGUUUUGGUUGCCGACUGAAGAAUAAGGGAUUCAUGUGCCGUUCUGCUUUGGGAGAGUGUGACCUCCCAGAGUAUUGUGAUGGUACCUCUGCAGAGUGCCCCACAGACACCUAUAAGCAAGAUGGGACGUCGUGUGGUAGACUGCACUACUGUGUUGGGGGUCAAUGCAGGAACCCUGAUAAUCAAUGCAUGGCUAUGUAUGGGUACACUCCAUGGUCUGCUCCAGAAAACUGUUACAUUUCAAUGAACAGCAAAGGGGACCGGUUUGGAAACUGUGGCUGUCCCACCUCGGCAAUGUCAAGAUUUGUUAAGUGUUUUGAUGAUAAUAUAUUUUGUGGAAAAAUUAUAUGUACAAAUAUUAGGUGGGUCCCAUCCAUCAAACCCCAUCACACACUGAUCCAGAUUCCUUAUGAAGAUAACUUCUGCUGGAGCUUGGAUGUCUAUAACAUUACUGAUAUCCCUGAUGAGGGGGAUGUGUACUCUGGCAAUGCUUGUGCCCCAAACAAAGUCUGCAUGAAUUACUCCUGCACAGAUCAUACUGUGCUCAACUAUGACUGCAGACCAGCAGAAAUGUGCAAUGGGAGAGGAGUCUGUAACAAUGUAAGGCACUGCCACUGUGAGGCUGGCUAUGCACCCCCUGACUGCAGAACUCCAGGAAAUGGGGGUAGUGUGGACAGUGGUUCUCCUGGCAAAACAGAGGAUGAAAAUCUACGUGACUAUGAAAGGAAAAGUGCCAGUCUUGGGGCUGGAAAUGAUUUUUCACAGUGCUCACAAGAGGCCCCAGAAGAAAGUGAAGAAGCAGUUGCACAAGAAGAGGAGAAAGUAAUAGGAGAGCAAACCCCAAAGACAGAGAAUGAGUAG